AUGACCUACUGUAGUGGAUUGUUCUCCUCUCCUUGGGAUUGCACCAAAAGAAAUGUCUUACUGAUUGCCUCCAUCUCUUUUACAGUAAUACAUUUGAUUUUAUAUUUUUUGAACUCUGAUCACCUUGCUGUUCUAAUUGAAAGUGAAGUUCAAACCAGUGAUGACCUAGAAGAAAAAGACACACUUUUUACCAAAAGGCAUGAUAAUCUUCAGAUGAAAAGUGACAAUAUUGUGCAUAAAACCAUUAUUUCAAAUUCCAAACAAUUCUUAUGGGAAAAAAAUGGAGAACUACCAGCUGAAAAUGAGAAAUUUGGGAAUAAAACCAGAUCUACUUCAACACAGUCAUUUAAAUUCAUUAUUAAUGAAAAAGAGAAGUGCAAAGAUAAAACACCUUUCUUGGUAUUGCUAAUAGCAACUACAGCUGCUGAAAUUCAGCGCAGAAGUUCCAUCAGAAACACUUGGGGAAAUGAAUCUGUGGUUCCAGGAGCUCAGGUUGUUCGGUUGUUUAUGCUGGGCAUUGAGAGCAAGGGUCCAGACGAAGUCCUACUGAGAGAAAGUGAGCAAUAUCACGAUAUUAUUCAACAGGACUUCCUGGACACUUACCAUAACUUAACUCUUAAAACUUUGAUGGGCAUGAGGUGGGUUGCCUCUUAUUGCAGUGCCACAAGCUUUGUUAUGAAGACAGACAGCGAUGUCUUUGUGAAUACAAUAUACCUUAUAGAAAAACUUCUCAGGCCUCUUGUGCCUCCUCCAAAAAAUUAUUUCACAGGCUGUCUUAUGAAAGGGCAUAAGCCUAUUCGGAAUAAAAAUAAUAAAUGGUACAUAUCAAAAGAAGAAUACCCAGGUGACAGAUUCCCUCCUUUUUGUUCAGGAACUGGCUACAUCUUUUCUGGAGACCUGGCUUCAAAAAUUGUCAGUGCUUCUGUAAUGAUAAAAUUCAUACAUUUGGAAGAUGUUUACAUAGGGCUCUGUCUUAAUGCAGAGGGAAUACAGAUAGUACCUCCCCCUAGUCAUUCAUUGUUUAACAUAUACAAAGUCCCAUUUUCUCCUUGUCGGUACAAUAAUAUAAUUACAUCUCAUUACAUUCAGACAAAUGAGCACGUAGUCUAUUGGGAAACACUGCGAAAGGACCACACGUGUCAGACAGGAAAGGAAGGUGUAUAG